UGCCUCUGUCAUUGGGGGUGACUGCAGUAAACAUCUAAAGCUCACAUUCCCACCGCGGUCCAAAAUGUCCCAGCUGCUGCACGUGGAGAUCCCGAACUUUGGAGCCACAGUUCUCGGUUCCCUCAACGAGCAGCGCCUGCUGGGACACUACUGCGAUGUAUCGAUCCUUGUCAAAGGUCAAGCUUUCAAAGCCCACCGGGCGGUCUUGGCUGCUAGCAGCCUUUACUUUCGUGACCUCUUCAGCAGCUCCACAAAGACCCAAUUCGAGUUGCCCUCCUCAGUCACGCCUGCUUGUUUUGAGCAGAUCCUCACUUUCUGCUACACAGGGAAGCUAACAAUGGCAGCUAGUGAACAGCUGGUGGUCAUGUACACAGCUGGCUACCUCCAGAUUCAGCAUAUAGUGGAACGAGGCAUGGACCUAAUGUUUAAGGCAAACUCGCCUCACUGUGACUCACAAACAGCGGGAUCCUUAGAAGAAACGGGAUCCGAGCCGCAGAGUCCUUGUAAUAACGGUAAUGGCCUAGCGGUGGCUACCCUUUUAGGAACGCCGGGCUGGUCUCCAUCAUUAAUCUUGCCACCACGGAAGAUUAAACUGGAGGGGGCUGAUCCAACACCUCUGACUGUACCUUCGACGCAAAGCAAAAUGACAUCGACGGAGCUGACUACUCGCCUGACGAGGGCAGGCUCACUUUUCUACACAAUGGCUGGAGGGACACCCAUCCCCGGUCUACCUCCUUACCAUUUUCCAGGAGCCGGCGGAGCCGGAACAGGAGUGGAGCGGUCCAGCCCUGGAGCAUCUAGUCUGCCCACCACUGACAGUCCCACGUCUUACCAGAAUGACGAUGAGGAGUUUGAGGAAGAGCCUUAUGAUGGUAUCACAGAGGACGCCUACAGUCAGCUGUACGGACGUGCUGCAAACCCCUACGGGAGCCAGGACAAGCCAGAGAUGGCAGCAGUGCCCUUGACCUUGGAGAACCGCAACUGUGUGCUCAUCCGCAGGGACCUGGUGGCACUGCCUGCAAGCCUCAUCAGCCAGAUAGGGUACCGCUGCCACCCAAAGCUGUACACAGAGGGAGACCCUGGGGAGAAGCUGGAACUGGUGGCUGGUACGCAGGUGUUCAUGACGCGAGGCCAACUGAUGAAUUGUCAUCUGUGUGCUGGUAUCAAACACAAAGUGUUGCUCCGUCGUCUGCUCGCCACAUUCUUUGAUAGAAACACUUUAGCAAAUAGCUGUGGAACAGGUAUCCGUUCCUCGACAAGUGACCCCAGUAGAAAACCCCUGGACAGCAGGGUCCUCAAUGCUGUCAAACUCUACUGUCAAAAUUUCAACCCUAACUUCAAGGAAAGUGAAAUGAAUGUGAUUGCUGCUGACAUGUGCACAAACGCCAGACGUGUCCGAAAGCGGUGGUUGCCCAAGAUCAAGUCCAUGCUUCCUGACGGUAUGGAGGUGUACCGCGCUGGAAUGGGCGUGGGGGCUGCCGUGGGUCUCGGUCUGGCGCUCAGUUCUCCUCAACCAGGUGUAGCCCUCCCCUUUGAGCCUGACUUCAAAUCCCUAGAGCAAAGGUUGUAUCCAGAUCGCAAGGACCCACUCAGGACUCACCCACUGCUGACAGAGAGCAGCCCGGGGUCUGGGGCAGCUGGCGCGGACGCUGAAGCCGAAGGUGACGGUGUUACUCAGGAGGAAGACGAGCAAGAGGCCGGGCUAGACAGCGUAGACGGCUCACUGGGGGCGCCAUCUUUGAACACAGCAGCCGAGGCGGCUAACUGUGGCGACACGCCGCCUGAGCAAGACGUGGAAAGCUUUGGACAAGGUGUACGAGUGAACAGGCAGUGAGCGUCCACCUCUUACGUUUGUGAAAUCGGCUUAUCACAGCAUCAUCGUUUGCUUGCUCUCUUACGCUGUCACAUCCUCCAACCACUCUUUUUUCUCUGUGCUUCCUCAGUGGGAACUAUUCAGCACAACAAGCUGCGCUCGUAGGUCUUAAUAAUACAGGAAUUCUUUUUUACACAUGCAUGUGCACAUGUGUGCUUGUGUACGCACAUACCAGUACUUACUGAUAGUCGAAGUAGAACAUUGAUAGCAGGCACAGGCAUGGCAUUGAUAGAUGAAUCAGAAAAUUGUCACCCUUUUCUUAACCUUUUAAACCCUAGAGUCCCCAAAUUUGGGGACUUGCCCUGUUUUGGAACAUUUGAACACUCAUAACUAAC